AGCAGUUGGGGGUGUCGCUUUGACCGCUGGAGAGGACCGGCUUCUCUGAUCCAGAGGUGUCUCUGAAUCUCCUCAGGAGUUCUUCUCCUCCGUGCAGCGAUGCCGUGGCGCCUGUCCUCCCAGCUGGACGUCCUGUCCCCGUCUUCCUGUCAGCGGCACUGCGAGCGCACGGCGUUUGCCUUCUACUGUGCUGUGCGAGAGCGGCUGCCAGUGUGGCUGCUGGAGGACAUGCGCACCAUGGAGGUCUUCUGCUGGGACGACGGACACCCUCGGGCCUUCCUGCCGUCUGAAGCUCUGCUCUACACACUCGUGCAUGACCACCAGGACUACGCACGCCACUUACUCAGCAGGUACUCGGUGAGCGCGCUCGGAGCGCCGCGCUGCAGCUUCUGCUGCCGUGUGGGCAGCAGCGCCCAGCACCUGAACAUGGCGGUGCGCUACAACCGCCUGGUGAUCCUGGACAUGAUCCUGGAGACUCUGAAGGACUGCUCAGCGGACGAGCGGCUGCAGUACCUGGACAGCUGCGGCGGCUGCACUCACGUGGCCGACGCAGGAAAGACUGCGGUGCAGCUGGCGGUGGAGCUGUCGCAGGACAACUGCCUGCUGCUGCUGCUGGCUCAGGGGGCCCGGCCCGAAGGGCUGGACGUGGCGCUGCAGCGGCUCGACUCCUGCGACGCAUCGGAGCGGCAGCAGGCGCACCGCUGCCUGGACCUGCUGCUUCUCUUCCUGUCCAACCCGUCGCCGCCGCGCUGCCUGCAGGACGAGCCGCAGCGGUGGCAAAGCCUGCUGGGAAAUGAGGUGUUCACCUGGCUGUGUGGGCUGGCCCCGCCUCCCUUGCUGUUUCAGGCGCUGCGCUGUCUGGUACAGUCCGGCUUGGACCCCAUCAGCUCGCUGCCGAACUUUCUGCAGCUGCACAGCUGGCAGUGACAGCAUCAGUUGCCAUGGAAACGGCAUGUAAAUAGGAUGUAAAUAGACUGAACUGUAGAUCAGCAGGACUCAGAGGAGCAGCUGGACCUGCGGGGAAACGUCCGUCUGCUGUGAGGAUGAAAUAAAUGUGUCUAAAUAAAUCGGUGCUCUGCUGUG